AUGCACACGGGGUGGAUAUGUGCACACGUAAUUGCGCGUGGGCUUCCUGGACGCCCGCGCGCGAUUGUCGGAGCGCUACAGCGCGAAUCGGAUAUGUAUGACGUCGAUCGACUGAUUGAGCUGUUUAAAAAGAAUCCUGGUAGGCCACUUAAAUGGCCUGUAGUCGAAGGGUUUGACGUAAAAGACAAAGGAAAGACCUACAAAGAGCAUCGUGUCGGCGUGGCAUUCAUCCACGGUGACUCAUUAGAAUAUCAAGUGGAAGAGCUAGCCCACGCCAUUCGCAGAGCUUACGCGCAUGGAACUCAGUAA